AUGACGUACCAACCUUCGUACAACCUCUUAAUCAUUACAAAUCCCGCCUCUAAGCAAGACUUCCAUGGCGCCAAAUCGACGCAUGACAGACUGGGCACCAAAGACCACUUCAGCACCGACCUUGCGCUCGGCGGCCUCGUCUGCGCGGCGAUCUUAGGUUUCGUCUGCUGGUUUUUCAAAAAGCGUGAAAAAGUAGAAGGUAAUGGCAUUGCGUUGAGACAGCUGAUGAUACAGCAGCAAAUCCUCGACGCUCUGGAAACCAGACCUGACAGCUUGCCCUUCCACGUCCUCUCAGAAAUCCGGCAACUGUACAUUGGGCCUUCUGACUUGGUCAAAGCUUGGGCAUCCCGCUUCAAGCGGGUCGGAAACCAAGAGAAGCUCAUGUCCCGACCGCGAGUAACCGACACACUCCUUCCUGUCCUCGCUCAAACCGAAUUCGCCGCGUAUACCUCCAGCCCACCCCAACCACCCAACGCUCAGGAUCCCUCAUCACAUCUACUUCUUGACCAGCCGCUCUAG